AUGACCGCAGCCCAAAAAUCUAUCCAAGACCCCACCGUGACCAAUGGGACCGAGAAUUCUGGCUAUGCUACGGAUCAGUCGCAGACCCGGUGCCGCCGCUCUUCAAGAGCAUCAUCUGUUGUUGUUGCACCAAAUAUGGUUGCUCCCUCUCCAGACUCCCGGAUCAAAUUAACCCGACCAGCUAGUACUACUCAGAAGCGACCAGCAGUGGCAGAGCCCGAGUCCUCAUCGGAAUCGGAGUCAGAGGCCGACACCCAGAGGGAAUCUGGUUCAGAGGACGAGCCUGGCGAGACCGAAACAGCUGCACCUCCAAGGAAAUCUAAGCCGCAAAAAAAGAAGCCACGCCGGAAGACAACUUCGAGUGCAGCCAAGAAAAAUAAGCCUGCUCAAGCCUCUUCCAAAAAAAAAAAAAAGUCUCAAAAGGAGACCGCGGAAAGCAAUGAUGAAUCGAUUGAAAUUCGACCCCGCGCGGCGGCAGCAAAGGCCAAGAAGGAUGAGGGGUUUGCCAAAAUAGAAGAGUUCUUCUAUCCCCCAACAUGGAAGGAAGGCGACCCAAAGGACGUCUACCUCAAUUUCAAAUGCAGAUGGUGUAAAGUUGUCUACCGAGGCAAUCAGAACACAAACGGCAAUUUGGUUUGUCAUCGUGAUGGUUUUACGCAGGCCGGUAAAAACGAUCGUGGAUGUGUCAACCGCGAAAAGGCAAAACAGGCUGGGAUGAAGCUCCCCCUUUCUGUUGCUGAACGAAGACGACUCGAAAAUCUCAGCGGUAACGGUCAGCAGAGCGGAAUCUCUCAAUUCCUCCAAGUACAGCCCUUGUUUGCCAACCGUGUGUUGAAUCAGCUUGUCAUGAUCUGGCAAAUCCGACAAGCUUUGCCUUGGUCACGCAUUGAGGAUCCAUACCUUCGGGCCGCCUUUCAGUACACAAACCAAAAAGCGGUGCUAUACGGCCAAAGAUGGUCAGCCGAUGAAUCAAAAAGGCUGUACUCGAUGCUCAAGCCACAAGUUUUUUCGGAGUUGAAUGUGAGCUUUAUUCCUGAAAGUUAUUCAGAAUCCAAGCUGAAGUUUGAAUUGAACUACCCCCCAGAAUCUUGA